AUAUGGGCCGACAUCUGAUCGCAUACCGAUUGGCAACUCUUUGUACCCGAAAUGGGAUGAGAGUAACCCCAUGUAUGCGCGCGUCAACAUUGACAACGCGGCCCACAACAACGUUGGCUACAAACAGGUGGUGUUCGGACACUACCAGAGCACACGAUUGACCAAAAUUGGUCCCACGAUUCUCGUGGACCGAUCGGCCACAGCCUUCUUUACCGGCGGCUCUCUCAAGGAUUUCAUGUAUAACAUGAAAAACCAAUUGUCACAACGCGUCCGCAACGAGACUAAACUUAUUGAGAUUCUCGCCAAAGAGUGCAAAGGUCUGCGGGUAUACACUCAUCACUUGGGUUACAAGCGCUCGUAUACUAUCAAAGACUUGUCCCGCUUUCCACCCGAUCGGCAAACGUUUGAAAUCGACGAAAACGGCCGCAAACGACAGGUUUCGGUCAAAGACUACUUCAAAGCGCAGUACAAGAAGGACAUCACCGAUACUGGUCUGCCCUGUCUUAUACCACAGGCCAACAAACCGAUAUAUUUGCCCAUUGAGAUGUGCACACUGCACCCUGAUCAACCCGUUUCCCGGGCCAAACUCGACUCGUUUAGCACAUCUAAAAUGGUCAGAGCGUGUGGCAGCCAAUCGCCGGUCGAGCGCUUCGACGCCAUUGAGGAGGCCGUGCGCACCAUCAACGAGACGUCCGCACCCUAUCUCAACGAGUUUAGC